UAUGAAGUCUUCUGGCUUCCUCUUCUCGCCCAGUCCCCAAAUGUACCAUUUGUUGCUCCCCUCGACAUUGCUUGGGUUUGGCACGUUCAUAUGCUUUCACCUCUCGCUUAUGGAAGGGAUUGCAACGUGAUUGUUUCAACCUUGGUGGACCAUAAAACCAUUGUUGGAGGAGAGCGCGAGGCUGGACUUCAAAGGGCUAAGCUCUUAUGGCACCAACUGUACGGCAAUGAGCCUUUCGAAGUUGACCUGACAGCCCCUGUUGGUAACGAGAUGCCUCAUGUGUCAAGAAUCCAAUAUGAUAUAGUGGCUGCAUGCAGUCGUCAGAGGGUCAUUAAUUAUAAGGUUUCCUUACCACAUUAUGGGGACGAAACGUUUCUUAGAGAUGCACUUAUACGAUAUAAACAUCAUUUGAGGCUCAAACAACAAAAUCUGAAUACGUUUUUGGUUCCGUGUUGCGACUUUGACCUUAUAUUGCAUGCGCACCAAGUUCAUCCGCUGGCCUAU